GUGAGAAAGAGAGAGGGAGAUAAAUUGCAAGCGUCCACGUUGGAGCAGCCUCAUUCAACAGGUCCAACCAUGGAGUUCAAAGGAGCGUGCGUGCUGCUGGGAGUGCUGCUGCUGGUGAACUGCUCGUUUCAGCAGAACCCACCAAGAAAGAAGCCAGUGAAAAAAGAGGCGACGAAGGAUGCUGCCAUCGAGGAGCUACAGAAACAGAUCAACGACAUUGUGGAGGAGCUCAACCUUCUGAAGGAACAACAGGCCCUGCAGAGAGUCUGUUUGAAAGGUGUAAAGAGCCAUGGCAAGUGUUUCCUGGCUGACCCUGUGAGGAAGCGCUACCACACCGCCAGCGAGGACUGUAACGCCCUGGGUGGUGUCCUUGGUACGCCCACCUCCAGUGAUGAAAACGACCAGCUCAGAGACUACCUCCGCCAGAGCAUCGGUCCCAAUGAGCAGGUCUGGCUGGGCAUCAACGACAUGGGUACUGAGGGCACCUGGGUGGACCAGACCGGCACCACCAUCACAUUCAAAAACUGGGACACAUCCGGUUCUCGGCAGCCGGACGGAGGCCAGUCCCAGAACUGCGCUGCCCUGUCCGGGGCCGCCCGCGGGAAGUGGUCUGACGAGAACUGUCGUGAGGAGAAGCCCUCCGUCUGCCAGUUCAACAUUGUUUGAUCACAUGUAUCUCAUCAUAGACUCUGCGCAUGGUUGUAGCUGCUUCGUCUGUGUACUCUUGCUGCAAUGCCACUUUGCCUGCUAUUCUAAAAGGAGUUUUUAAGCCAGUGGUUCUCAGCUGGUUUUUGCAUUGGGAUCAAAUUCAGAUUUAAAAGUCAAAGUCAGUUGUGUGAGACAGUGAUAUAUGAAGUUAUUUUUUCACAAAAGUGAUGUGGUGGUAUGUAAUUUGCAGCAUUCCUGGUGGUCACAAUAAAACCAAGGAGAACAAAGUCCAGUCAGGAGGAAGAGAGAGAUUGUGGGACAUCACUCUUCCCUCAGGCAUCAGUGAUUUCUGUAGUCAUGUUUCUUAUCUUUAAAAAGUGUACAAAAUUAUACAUUUUCCAAUCAUAUCAAAACAUUUUUAGACUAUGAGAUGUACGUGAUUCAGAAUACCAGUGUUCCUGCAAUAAAAGGUGUGUGUAGGUGCUGGCACCUUUCACAAAUGUACAAACUAAUUUUUCCAUUAUUUCCACACAUCCACACCUCUAUUACGUCAGCUCCCGUGACACACUGAUUGAAAACUGCUGGUUUAAAACUCCCUUCACAACUAACUACUGUAUUUUACUGACAAGACUGACAUGGAGCCAGAAUAACAAGUGAUAUUGCAUUAAAAUAAUAACUCAGCCUUUAUUAUCUGCAGUCAGAACUCCUUUAAGAGAUUAUUUCAGUGUGCUAGUUUUGUAUACUCCUAUUGCCUGAUGUAACCUGAAAAUGGCCAUCAAUAAAAUACAAAAUUUCUGUU